AUGACCGUGGAUACCAGCUAUUUGACCACCCAGGUCAACAAUAUCGUCGAGCAGUUACACGGCCUAUUUGACGAGAUUGGGGUGCCAAACCAUGAGCGAGACUCGAGGGAGUCGGAGCUCUUCGCAGCAUUGUCCGAAACACUUAACGACCAUGUACGGCGCGUUAAUAGCGAAAAGAAUGACAUGAUCGAGGAAGCGAAUCGGCUGAUCACUACCAUCAAACAAAUGGAAGCGUCAGUUGAAGAUAACGUAUAUACUUCACAGCGCCAAUCCGACGAUCCAGACCUCCGUGUUACACUUCCACUAAACCAUUGCCUCGCUUUACUGAGAGAGAAGCAUGCUGCUGUCAGCAAAUUGCACCAAGAGCGCUUUGAGCAAGUCAAGAAGCUUGUGGAAGCGCUUGAGUCCUAUUCCUCUCAUCUCGAGGCGACUUUUGUUAGAAUCCCACUACCACCCACAGCUCCUGGUACUACCGUCCCGCCUUCAUUCGAUCUCUCUGCCUCAUACGUCAAUGCGCUUGAUAGCGAGUUUAGUAGGGUCUACGAAGAGUACAAUCGGCGCGUUGUAACGGUCAGCACAGUUUGUGAAGAGAUAAUCAAAUUGUGGGCAGAACUUGGCACCCCUCAGGCUCAGACUGACCCUGCAAUCGUGCAGAACUACAGGGAUUCCCCUGAACAGCUUGGUUUGCAUGAAUCCGAUCUUACAUCUUUGAAGGGAAAACGCGAGAAGCUGCUUGAAGAAAAAAGGGGGCGAGAACGCAAAAUCAAGGACCUGAGAGCUGCUGUUGAGUCCCUCUGGGAUCGGUUGGGUGUUGAAGAGGCCGACCGAAAAGGUUUCCUUGCGGCUAACCGGGGUUGCGGCUUGCGCGCCAUUAAUGAAUUCGAGGAAGAACUUGCUCGGCUCAAUGAGCUCAAACGGCAAAACCUCCAUUUGUUUGUCGAGGACGCUCGCUGCCGUUUGCAAGAGCUAUGGGACAGCCUAUAUUAUUCCGAAGAAGAGAUGCUUGACUUUACUCCCGCCUUUUCCGACGUUUACAGUGAUGCUUUGCUUUCUGCGCAUGAGGCUGAGAUUGCCCGUCUAGAAGCGCUUAAAGAGCAACGGGCUCCUGCCCUAGAGCUGAUUGAUAAACAUCGCUCCCUGGUACAGGAUCGUAAUGCUCUGACUGCCUCCAGUCAAGACGCCUCUCGGUUGAUGGGCCGUGGCACAGGGGGGCAGAAACGUGACCCAACAAGAUUGUUGAGAGAGGAGAAAAUGCGAAAGAGAAUAGCAAAGGAACUCCCUAAAGUUGAAGUCGACUUGCGAAAGGUAUUGGAAAAUUGGGAGGAUGAAUAUGGCAGGCCGUUCCUUGUUCAGGGUGAGAGGUAUUUGGAUGAGUUGGCACCAGUGCCUCAAAAACUGCCUCCCCGUUCCAAAACUCCAUCUGGUCCAUCUUCUGUUGCAAGGCCAAUGUCCAGAGCUGCCACGUCUCGUAGCGGUGGUACAAUUCGAGGCCAACAAAACCAACCCUCCGCUUCUAAAACGCCCAGCGCGAACGGGACACUCAAACGUAGCGUCCUGGCGAACAUGCCCGGCAACAAUAAUACCAAUCCCCGGUCAAAGUCGCCGACAAAGCUUCCAGCUCGCGUGCCACUUAGUAACAUGCCGCAUGGUAACAACUCGCCAGACCGCCGUCCAAACCAGGCCUAUUCAUGCAGUACGCUUCGUGGAAAAAUGGGACCUCCGCGUGCACCUCCUCCGAAAAUGAGAGACCUCUUCUCCAGGGAGGAGACGCCACAGCCUCCACCUCAACCGAGUCUGAGCCGAAGCCGCAGCGUUAUGUCGUCUACAUCAAGUGGAAAGGUGCGGCCAAUAAGUCCAGAGGACGUGUAUGAUGAUCGUCAGCGGUCCUUUAUGAGUUCUUCCAUGUCUCAUUAUAGACCGCUAUCUGACCAGUCUUUCCAAUCCUCUUACAUAUCGAGCCGCGAGGACGUGAGCUUUUGUCAACAACCAAAAUUUGCAAAUCAACAAUAUCAACAACAAUAUCAAACCCAAAUUCCUGCGCCGAGGCAAAUAUCGAAUUCUUCAACCACAAAUACGGUCACCUCCGGUUCUGAGAAUUGGGAAACAUAUGACGAUGCCUCGGAGCCAGAAGUAGAUGCCACUGAAGCAUAUUACGCCAAAGUGAGGGCCGCGCAAGGCAACCGACUAAGGGCUGAGUCGCAGGUCAGUUACCAGAAACCAAAGAGCAUCAGGGGUGUCGGGUCGGACGACGCCUUGGUUCAAGACAGUUUCCACUCUGGGCGCCUUGAUGGCGGCGAUGGGUGGACAAAUGAGCUAGAAACGUAUUGA